AUGGACAUAUCCCGCUACAUUAACUACGCACACGAUACUCAGACACCGGGAAUCUGUAGUCGUUCGAAGAUCUCGUAUCAUUUUAAAGCCGCUGAAGAAUGGCAAGAGGAGCAUCCAGACUUCGUUCCCACCGCCUCCCUUCGCAACGUCAGCAGAGACAGCCUCUUGAAAGGCGAGAACAGGAUGCUGCACGACUUCUUCCUUUACAACAUGGGUGAUGGUGUGGCUCAUCCACCUGCUGGACGUCAAGCGCAAACGUUGACGCGUGUCAUCGAGCACGUUCGAAGGGUCACCGGGGAUCGCCACGUUCGGCUCAGUCAAGCUGCUGUAUACGCGAGGCGGUACAACAUCACAGUACCGGUUCAUGAGCAGAUGAACUUCACAAACCUAGCUGUGGAGGACCAGUUGCCGUCGCCCGCGAGGCUUUUGGCGAUGAAGGCCGACUACUGGAACAAAUUCGGUGACCACCCGUAG